AUGGCUAGUGAAGCUCAAAGAUUAAUUGGAAUUUCCCUAACAAAAAUCGCACAGUCCAGAUCUCAUCGUGGUGGUGUCAGUUUGCACAAGAAUUUACUUGUGGCGACAGUGCUUCAAAAAGCGCGCUACAUCUUUAUGGAAGAGGCCUACAACAUGGUGCACUGCCAACCACCUGCGCCCAUUCAAGCCAGGCCUGUUCCCGAAGACGACCUCGUCGGCUUGACCGUCGAGGAGGCGGGCUUGGAAACCUCCACCGGGCUGCCAGACGAUCUGCAAGAGUCUUCGUCGAGCAGCGACAACCUGCAGGAGUUUCUUCAGCCUGCUUGUUUAAAGUGUUCGGGCAACCAAGACAAAGAAAACCACCCUCCUUCCUAUCAUUCGUCGUCCGAAUUGACUUACCUGGACCUCGACAAAAGUUCGAACGUGUUGCGCGAACGUUGCAAUUCUCCAUCGUUAAAAAGGAGACGUGCGGUCGCCGAAUGGGAAACCGAAGAAGCCGUGCAAUCCAUCCUGCCUAAGAGAAGUAAACAAGAAGAGGAGAGCGAAGCGAGCGACGACUCCGUGUUUCUAGACGACGCCGCUUUGUUGUCUGACGUCGUGAGCAAAGAGGUGGACGCCGCGACGGCGGCGGCGGCCGAGCAGGCGGCCGCCGCGGCGGCAACCGAGUCGACCGACAAAUGCCAGCAGCAGCAGCAACAAGAAUCAUCGAAUGUUAGUGGCGGCAGCGGUUCGGCGAUGGAAAUCGAUCGCAUUACGUCACUGGUGUCCAUAUUCAGCUUUAGCAUGGGUGACAGCAAACUCAACAGGUCCGUGUCCACGCCAGAUUUGUGCUCGGCACAGGCGAAAGACGCACCGGACAGCAUACAACAACGGCCAUUUCUCGCCAUGACGGUGUAA